AUACGGUAAUGCAUUCUGUAGAUAACACGCUCGCCCUUUGAAAUUCUUAUUGAUCGCCGAGGUAAAAGUUUAUUGUGUUGCAUCUUGGAUGCUCUUCGGUUUUGUAAAACAAUUGACUUCUGGGAUUAUUGCGGAACUGUGAACGAGUUUCCAGAUAAUUUUUAGGCAUGCCAGUCGAACGGAGACAGGUGGCUCAUGGUGGACACGGUCGCCAUGACCACGGGGGAGGUCAUGGGUCAACUAAAACGACGAAGCGGCCAUCUUCCUCCUCUAAAAGCCGAACUACUGUGAUUGCGAAAGACAAAGAAGAGGAAUCUAUUGCUACCGUUCAGUCGGUUAACAAAACGCCAGAAGAGUCCCAGGAAACACCUGAAAAUGUCACAACGGAAGAAGUUCCGAAUGGACUUAAGACGGAAGACGAAAAAGCAGAAUCGGAAAACAUUCGACGAAACGAAAAAGACGAAAAAUCCGAAUCUGCGAAUGAUGAACCGAGUGUUUCGGAAAAAGAUGAUCAGGAUAGAUGGGCUGAAAAGUCGAAGGAGGAGGAGGGAUUUAAUAUUCGUUCGUUUAAUGACAACAUAUUGGAAUUCACGGAAAUAUUUGAUUCUGACCGUUAUCGAAAUGUGGACUCAAAUUAUCCAGUGGAGGAUCUAAUGGGCGUGGUCUCGCAAAUAUCGAACACAAUCGAGGAAUUCAAACAGCAAACACAGAACAGUCAACAGCAGUUAGAGGGGUUGCGAAUGAAAAUGAAGCAAGUCAAAGAAAACAUCCAGUUCAGUGUGUCCCAAAAGGCAUUUGAAAUAAGAACAGAUGACGAUCUUCAAAGCGUAGAAGAGAGAGAAUUGACGGAGAAACUUGCAAAACUAAACGCAGAAAUCGCCAAAGCAAAUUCAGAUCUUUCAGAAGCUUUGCGGCUAUCAGCUGAAACCGAGAGCACAGCAGUGAGGGCCCAAAUCGCAGCAGAGAGGGCAAAGGAAGAGGCAAAACGAAUAGAGGAAGAGGUAGAGUUGCGUGCGCAACUAGAGGAAAGACGAAAAAGAGAGGAAGCGAAAAAGAUGGAGGAGUUGCGAAGGCAAAGGGAAGAGGAAGCUCGAAGACAGGAAGAAGAAAAGAGAGCGAAAGAGGCAGAAUGGAAAAAGCGAGAGAAUGCCGGAAUCGAAAAGUCAGCUGUUUGGGAAACUUGGCCUGCGCAUGAAAUGCAGCUUCCAGGGGAUGGGGGAUUGGCGUGUAUCAUCCGUGGAAAGCCAAACAGUUUCGACCAAUCGUCAGUCACCUGUAAAGAAGUUGACCAAUUAGAGAUCCACCUUACAUACGGGCCUCAGGAAGAACUGGUGGGCAGUAUCAUUCAACUGGUUCCCACCUCUGAACAGACAAAACUACAGAGUUCUUUGUUCGUGGCGAUCCCUUUUACACUUUCCCGCGCAAACGUCCAUUCCAGAGAGGCGUUUGUGAAAGCGGAAGUAAACGGAGAAUGGAAAGAAAUCCCGAGCACGGAAGUGACGUAUGAUAACCACAAGGAUCUGAAAUUUGUACAAGUUGAAAUCAAAGAAUUUUUGACGAUGGCUGUGAUGACGCGACUUAGAAGAGAUUACGUCACAUUCUCAAGACGAUCGUCUAAACUGACGUCAUCCUGCGAUCAUCGAAUCACAGUCACCGUUGCCAGGGAAACCUUCUCUAAAAAGGAACACAUCUUACUUCAAGUACAGCCGGUGGAUUCUGGUACUGUUCACGACCUUCAGACGAGGAACGCCAGCUGUAAACAUCUGCUGGCCUCUAGUCCUAUUAUACAGAUGCAGUGGGAAUCCAACGAAUUCCACAAACCCAUUGUUAUAACGAUACCUUGUCCACCAAAUCCGGCAAAGGCCCGAAAAAUCGCCCAAAUGAGAAAAAUAAAAGAGGAAAAAAUGAAAAAUCCUCAGAAAAAUAUUCCGGUUCCUUUGGACAUUCGAGAAAAGGAGGAAAAUCAAGGGAAACAAAAGAAAGCGAAACCCAAAAAGAAAACUCUGCAGGAACAAUUGGCGGAAAUCAAUGCGCCACCGGAAGAGGAAAAACCUAAACCAACGAAAUGGUACAUGGGAGACUAUGCCCACAACGAUGACGACGAACAUGACCAACUCUGUCUCCUAGCGAGAACCGGAACAGGAAAAUGGUUUGUCGUACCGGAAGUGGAAAUUGCGCAAGUGAAGUUGGAUUUGCUGCAGUUCUCUCUAGACAAACCUUUAGAUCAGUUUAUGGUUUUGCGAGUGCGGACAAAUACGGAUGAAGAUUUACUUCCAAUUAUGUCCACUGCGAUCUUUGACCUCCUCCAAAAGCGGUUUGUGCAAGUUGUUGUCAAACAAAGGUCUGAUAACCCAUUUGACACACGACUCACGAUAGUCCCCGCCAGUCGAGUUCAAAAAAUCGUAAAACAGCUGGCAGAAGACGGAUAUGAAGAUGGACCGGAACCAAGUCCACUAUUGGCCGUGUCCGAAGGGGACUUAAUCGAAAUCAACUUCCGGGGCAAUAUUCAAAAUGGCUCCAAAUCUCCAAAUAUAAUUUACAAUUCGAAUGUGGUUUCUUUCUCCGAGUUCCUGCUCUCUGAAGUUGACCAGUAUUUACAGAGGAAUUUUAACGUUUUUCGGGGAGUGAUAGAAGCUUAUAAAAUUCAGUUUGUGACCCCGGACAAAAAGACAAUAGCUCGCAAGGAGUCCAUUAUGGAUGAAAAUUCGUUCUGUGUGCGAAAGGAAAAAAGAAAGACUCUGUUAUGUGAAAUCCCCAUAACCAUACCUAAGUAUCACGUAGAACCUUCACCUGUCCCAGUGCAGGCACCUGUUGUCAUUCGGAACGACUCGGAUGCAGUUAAUGAGAACCUGAUGCGACAACUAGCGGCAGAAAUGGGCGACGAAUGGCGAAAGGUUGCCUCGACCUUAAACAUCAGUAAGGCACGGAUCCAAGCUAUUAUAAGAAACGCCCAAAUCACAGACGCGACAGAUGAGGAUGCCCGCUUUCAGAUGUUGAUGACGUGGUUAAAGAAAAUGCCAAAGUCUAUAGAUAAGGUGACUGUUUUGACCAAUGCUUUCAUGAAAAAUGGCCGACCAGAUCUUGCAGAGCAAGUUCGGAUUAAGGAUGAAGAGUUCAAACGGAAGCAAGUACGAUCUCACUAAAAGACUCGCCUCUAAAUUGAAUUAUGUGACGUAAUAUAAUUCAUUUAUGAAGUCAUUUGUCUGUGAUUUUUGAAAGAUUUCCAAACAUUAUAACAGACUAUUUCGAUACUGUGAUAAUAUCAUUCAUUCAACUUGAGUCAAACUUUAUUUAUUUAUUGUUUUAUGCACAGUGUAUAGUAUCAAGAAUUUAAUACGAUUACUUUGAUUCUUCUUGAUUAGUUUUAUAUAUAUACAGGAUUGUAACAUGCAAGUAAUGGUAGAUUUCCUAUUGUCAUUUCAAGCAGUAUGAAAUGUAAGCCCUUCCAUAAUAUAGAGAGACAUUUCAUCUUGUGCUGUAAAGAACUGUCCUGAUUGUUCUCAAUUUCAUCUCCGUCCUGACUGUUCUCAAUUUCAUCUCCGUCAUAAGAUUUUGUCAAUUUUUCCAACAAUCAAGAAAUACUAUAGGAAAAGUGGAGAAAAUAGAAACACAUAGCUAUUUCUCAUGGUCGGACGGAAACCAUAAAAUCACGAUCCUCUACCAAUCCACUAUCUGCAUGGACUACGGACCGUGGUUUGAGACGAUGAGCUAUUUCUAUAAUGUCCAGGUUAUUUUAUGACUAGAUCUUGAUAUUCGUAUUUUUAUGAACAUCCUGAAGUCUAAAGUUUAGGACAGAAUGUUCGAAUUUUUCUUAGUUAAUAUGCGAUUUUUGGUGCAAUAUCAUAGCUCAAAAUAUUUAUUUUUCUUAGUGAACUGAAAACUCAGAAAGUGUCUUCCUCAUUAUAAAUGGUCACAUGAUGUAGGUAUUCUCUUUAUAUGCAAUUAUAAUUCUGUGGCGGAUCCAGGAAACCGCCCCCCAUCCCCGGGCCCCUUCUAAACAAGCCUGUGAAUAUACAUCUAGAAACUACUGUGUCUGUGAUCUGAUUUUUUUUUUACCGCAACAAAGUACAAUAGAUAGUUUUCAGUAGGCCCAACAUUAAACACAGUUAUUUCCCGUUGGCCGCCAUAUAGAAGGUCGAUAUGCUCAUAUACCUUCAUUAUUCAACAUAUUUAAACUUUUUAUAGCGGCAAGUGUGUGAAAGAAAGCUUUUUCUUUAAAAGAUACAUUAGUUUGAGCCCCCUUUAUUUAAUAAUUUCAUUUCAUAAAGAUUUUCCUCCAAAUAUUCCUGCUACAACAUCUUAGAUUUGGUAAGAAAAGAGGAAAAAUUACAGUAUAUCCGUUUUUUUUUUUUUGCGAUGAUCUAUUUUUCGCUUUUUCUGCAACCAAUUUCAA